CCACGCUCGGGGAGCGCGCGCGCACGCAGCGGCGCGGGCCCGGCGGCGGCGGCGGUGGCGACGACGUCACAGCCGAGUUUUCCUUUUCGGGAGUCCCCGGCACACAUCCUGUGUCCAUGUUUGGGCAUUUACGUCACGGCGGCAGGGCCGGGGCCUCCCGAAAUGGCAGUGGCCCGGGGAGUCGGAAGCCCUGAGCCAGCGCCACCGCUGCUAUAUAAGUGGGGGGGCCGCGGGUUGGGGGAGCCCGGCUGCGCUUUGGAGAGGCGAGGAGCCGCCACCCGAGGCCAGUCCCGGCGAGCGAGGGAGCCUCGCUCCCCCUACCCCUUUCCCAGAGGUGAGAGCCCGGAGCCAGGAGCCUGGGCAUCUGUGUCUGCGAGGCGCCGGGCGCCCCGACUGCCGGCCUCCCUGCCAUCCGCGCGCCCCCAAGCCCAGCGGGCGAGGCCCCUGGAGCCCCGCAGCCGCCUCCGAGCCAUGCUCCACCUUAGCGAGUUUUCCGGCCCCGACGCGCUCCUGGUGAAGUCCACCGAGGGCUGUUGCUCCGAACCCAGCACCGAACUGCCCCGGCUGCCCGCCAGGGACCCACCCGCAGCCGCUGGCUAUCCCGGAGGUGACUUCUUGAGCUGGGCCUUGGGCAGCUGCGGCGCCGGGGGGGACUUAGCCGACUCCUGCUUCCUGGAAGGCCCUGCGCCCACGCCCCCUCCUGGCCUCAGCUACAGUGGUAGCUUCUUCAUCCAGGCAGUACCCGAACACCCGCACGACCCGGAGGCACUCUUCAACCUCAUGUCGGGCAUCCUAGGCCUGGCACCUUUCCCGGGUGCUGAGGCGGCAGCAUCCCGUUCUCCGCUGGACGCCUCUUUUCCCGCAGGCCCCGACGCCUUGCUGCCGGGUCUGCCGGACCUCUUCUCCCCGGAUCUGGGCGCUGCAGCCUUCCCAGAGGCGUUUUGGGAGGCCUCGCCCUCGGCAGGCGUCCCCUCACAGUGCCUGUACGAGCCUCAUCUCUCCCCACCCGACGUCAAGCCAGGCCUCCGGGCUCCUCCGGCUUCUCCAGCGCUGGACGCUGCCUCUGCCUUCAAAGGUCCCUAUGCUCCAUGGGAGCUGCUCUCAGCAGGGGCUCCAGGGAGCUGUGGGCCACAGGGAGGCUACCAGGCCGCCCCGGAGGCCCGUUUCCCCCAGAUAGGGACCAAGAUUGAAGACCUGCUGUCCAUUAGCUGCCCCGCGGAGCUGACGGCUGGCCCUGCCAGCAGACUGUACACCCCGGGGGCCUACGACGCUUUCCCGCUGGCUCCGGGUGACUUAGGGGAGGGGACCGAGGGCCUCCCAGGGCUCCUGACCCCUCCUAGUGGGGAGGGAGGGAGUAGCGGCGAAGGCGGAGAGUUUCUAGAUGGUACGCAGCCUCAGCUUUCCCCGCUGGGCCUCCGCAGCUCCGCGGCGGACUUCCCGAAACCUCUGGUGGCGGACAUCCCCGGGAGCAGUGACGUACCUGAACCUCCUGGACCGCCGCCGCCGGCCCAAUUACCCCCAGCUAAGGCGCGGCGCAAGGGGCGCCGGGGCGGCAAGUGCAGCGCACGCUGCUUCUGCCCUCGGCCACACGCCAAGGCCUUUGCUUGCCCGGUGGAGAGCUGUGUACGCAGCUUUGCGCGCUCCGACGAGCUCAACCGCCACCUGCGCAUCCACACGGGCCACAAGCCCUUCCAGUGCCGCAUCUGCCUCCGCAACUUCAGCCGCAGCGACCACCUUACCACACACGUGCGCACCCACACGGGCGAGAAGCCCUUUGCCUGCGACGUGUGCGGCCGCCGCUUCGCGCGCAGCGAUGAAAAGAAACGGCACAGCAAGGUGCACCUCAAGCAGAAGGCGCGCGCCGAGGAGCGGCUCAAGGGCCUUGGCUUUUACUCGUUGGGCCUCUCCUUCGCUGCCCUGUGAGAGUGAAAUGGGUUUGUAGAUUGGGGCGCCGCCGCCCGGCGCGCACAAGAAAACCUGGCCCGCCCCACCGCCCCGCUCCUCUUCCCACUUCUUCCCGGCACGCCCUGAGGCCGGCCUCUGGUCCCGCUUCCAGUUCCCUAGAAGCGCCCGCCGCACACUCCCCGUUCAGCACCAGCUCCGUGGACAGCUCCCGCGGUCCGGGUGCCAUCUCCCGAGUCAGCCGCGCUUUGGAGGGAAGUUCUCUCAGGCCACCCACUGAGCAGGCACUUCCUUGGGACUUGACAAUCUUCUGUAACUGGCGCACGCCCCACGCCCUCUCCUAGCCCCCCAGAGAUAGGCUGGGGCAGCGCCGAGCUGGUCUCGCGCGGGAUUUUGUACAGCAAUGUCGUUUUCAGCAGCCAUUGGUUGUAAUGUUUUGCUUUGGGGUUAUUUCCUUUUUGUUGUUGUUAAUUUUUGUAAAGCAGACGCUACUCUCAAGCAGUUGACAAAACUGUUUAUUUUUGCAAUUAAAAUUAUUGUGCUAAAAGCUUA